AUGCCCACGCCCUCAUCGAAUAGGCCCGACCCGCCGUCCCCACGCUUUUCCUUCACGUCAUGCCCCGACAUUGAGACCGAUAUCGACGAGCAGCUGCCACAAGAACAACAAACCCCGGCGGCACCAUCGCCACAGACAUUUUCGCAGCAGGACGCCCACCCCGCGGCCGUUUCUUCUCCCGACUCACAAUCGUCUUCUGCUUGGCAACGUCAUUAUCCUUCAGCCCUCACCGAUCCCGCCGACCAAAACGCUCGGCCGGGCACGGCGACAAGUGGCGAGUCGCGCCCGAGUAUCAUGUCGCCGGGAUCACAACAAGACCUUGGCGAGUCGAUCGAUCCGCACAUGCGGGGGAGUGACGAGUCGGAGGUGAUUUCGACGUCUGGGGAUAAUAAUACUGUUGGAGAGAGGUACAAACCCGCGGAAACAGACGAGGAGAUGAGCCCUUCUAUCACCGGCGGGACGCCGCGCGAACGCGCUAUUGCGGAUGCUCGCCGGGCGAGUUCAUUCGCAUAUUUGGGCAGUCCAAAGUCGAAGGGGGUCGAGGGGUCGUCGCAAAACCCUAACGCGGCGUCGAAGACCGAGGCCGGGACGGUGGGGAAUCCGUUGGUGGGCAGGGGUCCGAGGUGGGUGGAGGACAGUGGGCUCUCAGGCCUGGGCCUCGAGUAUUCACACAUGCGCAUCAUGACCCCGGCACCGUCGCUGUAUCUUCACCCAGGCACCCGGUACGUUGGGACCCAAACAUCAGAGCGCCAACGAUAUGAUGUUGAGGUGGAGAUCAAACACGUUGACAUGCGGGAGUCGUUCAUGUGCGGGUACCUGAAGAUCCAAGGCCUGAGCGACGACCACCCCACACUAACAACCUACUUCGAGGGGGAGAUGAUUGGGCCCAAGUAUGGUUUCAUCACACAGCACGAGGGCUGGGGCGCUACCGAAAAGAUCGACUUGUCGCACUGGUCUAAGUUCACAGCCUUCAACCCCCCGACCAGCAGUAGCAGCGGUAGUGGGCAGUCUUCGCGGAAGAUCCGCCUACCCAGCACUAUGUACGAUCUCGACCAACGCGAGAACAUCUUCAUGCGCUGGAAAGAACACUUUCUAGUGCCCGACCACCGCGUCCGCACCAUAUCGGGCGCCAGCUUCGAGGGGUUCUACUAUAUCUGCUUCAACCAGGCGAUUGGAGAGAUCAGUGGUGUGUACUUUCACAGCAAGAGUGAAAAGUUUCAACGACUAGAGUUGAAAUACGUCCCCAACAGGGGCUGUUUUGGCGACGUAGAGUUCCGGUAA